AUGAGCACCUCCGACGACACGGUCGCCCAGAUCAUCGUCAACAGCCUGUACAAUGCCGGCGUGCGCUUGGUGUUUGGCGUGCCUGGCGCCAAAAUCGACGCCAUCUUCGACUGCUUGAUGGACCAUCCGGAGAUCAAGCUCAUCGUGGCCCGACACGAGCAAAACGCCGCCUUCAUGGCCGCGGCAGUGGGCCGCAUAACGGGCAUCCCAGGCGUCUGCAUCGGCACCAGCGGACCCGGCGCGUCGAACCUCGCCACGGGCCUCGUCACAGCGACGACGGAGAACGACCCCGUGGUGGCGCUGGUGGGCUCGGUGCCGCGCCACAUGAACCUCAAGCGCACGCACCAGAGCAUGCGCGCCCUGGACAUCCUGGGCCCGACGGCCAAGGUCGCCGUGGGCAUCGACGUCGAGGACCAGGCCGCCGAGGUCGUCCUCAACGCCUUCCGGACCGCCAGCGCCGCGCCCAAGGGCGCCACCGUCAUCUCCAUCCCGCAGGACGUCGCGCGGGGCAGGUCGAGCAUCCUGCCGUUCCCGAGCGACGCGUUCGUGCCGCCCAUGUACGGGCCCGCGCCGCGGCAGACGCUCGACCAGGUGGUGGGCAUGAUCGAGCGGGCCAAGCUGCCCGUGCUGUUCCUGGGCAUGAGGGCGAGCAGUCCGCGCGUGGUCAGCGCGGUGCGGCGGCUCCUGUCCAAGUUCCCCUUGCCGACGGUCGAGACGUUCCAGGCUGCGGGCGCCGUGCCGCGCGAGCUGGUGCACCUCUUCUACGGGCGCGUCGGCCUGUUCCGGAACCAGGUCGGCGACAAGCUCCUGUCCAAGUCGGACCUGGUGCUCGCCGUCGGCUACGACCCCGUCGAGUACGACGCCAACCUGUGGAACCCGCGCGGCGCCCGCCACGUCGUCCACAUCGACUUCACCGCCUCCGACUACGGCACCUACUACCACCCCGUCGCGGAGCUGCUGGGCUCUGUCGUCGAGAACAUCACCUACCUGGCCGACCACCUCUCGCAAAUCUCCGAGCCCACCAUCUCCGACCUCUGCCAGGGCUUGAUCAGGGAGUACACCAUGUGGCAGGACAGGCCUGAGGUGCAGGGCUCGUCGUCCGGUCUGGUCCAUCCGCUGCACUUCAUCACCACCUUGCAGGGCAUGGUGUCCAAGGACACGACCGUGUGUGUGGAUGUUGGAUCUGUUUCCGACGGCCAACAAACGCUGGGCGUCGCGCUCCCGUGGGCCAUCUCUGCAUCCUUGACGCAACACCCGACCCCGUGCGCGGAAAAGGUCAUCUCCGUCUCCGGCGACGGCGGCUUCAUGUUCUCGUCCCAGGAACUGUCCACGGCCGUCCAGCAGGGCUGCGACAUCACGCACGUCGUCUGGAACGACCACGCCUACAACAUGGUCGAGUUCCAGGAGGUGCUCAAGUACGGGCGCGCGAGCGGCGUGCGUCUGGGGGGUGUCGACUUUGUGCGCUUCGCCGAGAGUUUUGGCGCCAAAGGCUUCCGCAUCGAGAGCGCGGGCCAGGUCGGACCGGUCCUGCGUGAGGCGCUGGCGUAUCGCGGCGUGAGCAUCGUCGAUGUCGCGAUCGAUUACUCGGGUAAUGUCGAGUUAGCGAGGAACGUCAUUGCGGAUGAGUGGAAUUGA